AUGCGCUUCUCUCUUAUUGCUGCUGCUUCCAUUGCUGGUUACGCAUCCCUUGCUGCUGCUCAAGAUUGCAAUCCCUCCUUUAACGUUACUGCUGCCCCACAAUGUAUUUCGGAUUGUAACAAGAAAGCUGGCCAAGAUCAAUACGCUGAUUGGACCGAUGAUCCAACCUCGCCCCACUUUGUUCAAUCGAUGGGUUACCAAUGCGGCAAAGGCACCCCUGCUUACACUGCCUUUAUGACCGCCUCGGGUACUUGUAUGAUGUCGUGCUCCAAGGAUGAUCAAGCUGCCUUUGGCCAAUACUACGCUCAAGCCUGUGCAUGGUACAAUGAGCAUUCAAAGGACACUUGUGAUGCUACUGCUACUGGAAACAAUACUACUGCUACUGAAAGCAAUACUGCUACUGAAAGCAAUACUGCUACCGAAAGCAAUACUGCUACCGAAAGCAAUACUACUACUGAAGAAUCUCUUGCCAUGAAACUCAAGAUGGGUGGUGCUCUUGUUACCGCUGCUGCUGUUGGUUCUGCCGCUUUGCUCUUUUAG